AUGAUCAUUUUAAGACACAGGAUGGAUAUUUAUUUCAAAUUUUUUAAAAUACAAAAAGAUAAUCAAAGAAUAGCUAUCUAAGCUUAUUAAAAUAUUUAGUAUCAUCAAACAAGGGUUGCUAUAAGCAUUAUUAGUACAGAAGCUGAAAGAAUAGUUGAGUUUGCUACAGCUUAUUAAGCUAAAGGCAGACAGGUAUUUUUAAUGCAGGUAAAAUAAGAGUUAACUUGCUAUGUUUUAUAAGGACCAUAGCAAUCAGAUAUACAUCCGCUCAAAGAAUCAGGAACAAUAGAUUAAUCCUUCAUCUGA